GUCAUGUGAGCGUUGUUUAAGGAGGAGCGUACAAAUCCUCACGUCUUACAAGUUUAGUAUAGCUUUCUGUUAUUUUUAGUGGUUAUGGUUGAUAAUAGUUAUCAAAGCAGAAGCAACGCUUAAAUAUACGCUUUAACACAGCUAACUACUUGACAUUUCUCUAACUUGCAUCUGGAUGGUGCAAAUUGCAGCUGUCAGUGUCCAGCUCAGCUGUCAAACUGUUAUCUGGUGAUAUGCGGUCCUUGAGCUAUGUUCAGCAUGUUAGUUUGGAUUUCACCGGAACCCUUUUCCCUCGUGCAAUUUGUCUUGGGGAGGCGGACAAUGACUCGCUGAAUGAACUUAUCGUGGGUGACACCAGUGGAAAGCUGCAUGUGUACAAGAACGAUGACUCCAAGCCUUGGAUCACUAGAACAUGUGUGGGCAUGCUCACCUGUGUUGGUGUUGGAGACAUCUGCAACUACGGAAGGGUGGGUGUGCAGAAACUGCAUAGUCCUCCAGUCAGAUGAGGAAUAGUUGUGUUUUUCCCCCUUGCAUCCAAUGAGUGCUAUCAUCUAACUAUUCACCGCCUUAACUUAUCCAUCAGAACUUUGUAGUUGCUGUGGGUGCAGAGGGAUGGUUUAACCUGUUUGACCUGUCUGCAGUGGCAGGAGCCAAGUCAGAUUCAUCUGCUCCAGCCAGCAGGAGGCGCUGUUCUCUAAUGACCAGAAACCCUGCUUCUCAGCACAUUUCUGCCAGCACCAAAGUCAUCCUUAUUAGUGACAUAGAUGGGGAUGGGCGCAGUGAGCUUGUAGUGGGAUACACAGACCGUGUGGUGAGAGCGUUCAGCUGGGAGGAGCCCACCGAUUCUUCAGACCUGGGCUCUGGACAGCUGGUCCUGCUGAAGGAAGUGGCUUCUGGAGGGACAGGUGGACAGCCUGUCAGUAUACUCAGACCAAGAGGGUCUUCCUGAACUGAUGGUGUCCCAGCCUGGUUGUGGCUUUGCCAUCCUGCUGUGCACAUGGACGCAACAGGGCUCCUCUGAGGCGGGGCCUGGGGAGGAGGCUCCACCCACUCCUGGCAGGCACACUGAAACUGAUGGACAGUUCAGAGCAGUUGAAGUGGUCAGUGCAGGUGGAUCACCAGCUUUUUGCUCUGCAGAAGCUGGACAUCACAGGCGACGGCAGAGAGGAGGUGGUGGCGUGUGCCUGGGACGGUCAGACCUACAUCAUCGACCACAACCGUAAGGUGGUGCGCUUCCAGUUUGACGAGAACGUCAAUGCUUUCUGUGCAGGUCAGUACACCUGUAAGGAUGGCAAGAACAGCCCCUGUCUGGUGUACGUCAGCUUCAACCACAAGAUCUAUGUGUACUGGAGGGUGGAGCUGGAGCGCAUGGAGCCCACCCAUCUCCUUAGGGUCCUGGAGGAGAGGCCAGAGUUCAAGGCCCGGCUGGAGCAACUGGGAGUGGACAGACUACUACUAUGAGUAUACAGAGUGUGACAGUGUAGGGUCUCGAUGGAGGGUGGCCAUCCCCCGCAUUCUGGGCACCUGCUCAGCCCUGCCUACUCCCACCAGAGGAACAGACUGCUCAUUCUCGUGUGCGGCGGGAGAGUUCCUAGAGAUGUCCGCUCAGCAAUGUACGACGUGUGCGGCCGGCUCCUAUUCGCUGGGCAGUGGGGUGCGUUUCGACCAAUGGGACACUAUCCCUGCCGGCUUCACCAGCCUGGCCACCUACAUGGACCCAGGACCCAGUGGAGAGGAGAGUCAGGCCUGUAAUAGCUCGUCGUGGACGCCGCAGGGCGUGUAUCUGGAGUCUAGUCGUGAUGAGUGCACCGUGUCUCUGGUCUACGCUGUGCAUCUGGAGCAGCAGGGCUCUGUCUCCUUCAGCUACCAGUACCCUGACAACAACAUCUUUUUUGAGUUCUAUGUCCAGAACGAGCAGUGUCAGGAGAUGGCCCAGACCGACGAUCAGAAGUGGAUCAAACUCACCACCAACGGAGAGUGGGACACACACACGGUGAAUCUGAAGUCUGGCACUAACAUACUGUACUGGAGGACGACCGGGAUCCUGGUCGGAGGGAAGAUGGUUAAACCAGUGUUGCUCAGGAACAUCCAGAUUGAGGGUGUUGCCUACACCUCAGAGUGUUUCCCGUGCCGACCAGGCUGGUUUAGCUCCUCCCCUGGCUCCUCCUCCUGCCAGCCCUGCCCCAGGAACACAUCGUCUCACAAGGGAGCCGCCUCCUGUACUCCCUGCCCCGACACACAGUACUCACAUGAAGGAUGGUCACAGUGUAAGGAGAGGCCUCCAUGUUCAGAGAAGGAUUACUUUCAGAUCCACACAGCCUGCGACAGCGAGGGAAAGACACAGGUGAUGUACCGGUGGGUGGAGCCGAGGAUCUGUGAGGAGAAUGUGACGGGCGCUGUGGCACUGCCCCCUACAGGGGAGAGAGAGGCCUGCCCACCCUGUAACCCUGGUUACUACAACACCGACGACUCCACCUGCUUCCCCUGUCCUCCUGGAACACACUCUGACGGCACCUCAGUGUGUGAGGAGUGUCCUGCGGGGACAGAGCCAGUACUGGGGUAUGAGUAUAAAUGGUGGAACGUCCUCCCUUCCAACAUGAAGACUUCCUGCUUCAACGUGGGCAACUCCAAGUGUGACGACAUGAACGGCUGGGAGGUGGCAGGGGAUCACAUCCGCAGCGGUGCUGGAGGCUCGGAUAACGAUUACCUCAUCCUGAACCUGCAUGUUCCUGGCUUCAAGUUACCCACAUCACUUGCUGGGAUGACCGGGACUGAGUUUGGCCGGAUCACCUUCGUCUUCGAGACAAUCUGCUCUGCCGACUGUGAGCUCUACUUCAUGAUGGAUGUGAACAGGAAGAGCACCACGGUGGUGGAGUCAUGGGAGGGCAGUAAGGAGAGACAGAGUUACACACACAUCAUGACCAGGAACGCCUCCGUAUCAUACACUUGGGCCUUCCAGAGGACCAACCAGGCUCAGGACGUGCGGCGGUACAUCAGUGACGUGGUGAUACUCUACUCGGUGAGCGUGACAAAUGUCCAGGAUGGCGUGGCAUCUGCGUGCCGGGCCUGCGCCCUCUUAUCCCAGAGUUCUCAGCGGCCUGGGUCGUGUAUUCCAUGCCCAGCUGGGUUCUACAUUGACAGAGACACCAACCGGUGCCAGGAGUGCCCCCCCAACACAUACCUGUCUGGUCACCACACAUAUGGAGAAGACGCGUGUCUGCCCUGUGGCCCCGGGAGUAAGAGCAACAAGGAGCACUCUCGUUGCUAUAGCGACUGCUCCUUCAGUCAGACGGAGCACAACCGCACCCUGACCUUUGACCUGAGCUCUCUGAGCCCCGUGGCCUCGCUCACCAUCGGCCCCAGUUUCACCUCUAAAGGCACAAAGUACCUCCACGUCUUCAACGUCAGCCUGUGUGGACACCAGGGGAAGAUGGCAGCUGUCUGCACAGAUAAUGUCACCGAUAUCGCCAACAAGGACAUGGGGAGUGAUUCCACCCAGUUCGUCAACUCAGUGGACAGCUUCAUCUGUCAAUCAACCAUCAUUCCUGCGGAUGGGCGGGGCUUCAGGAUGGCUCUGGCAUCCCAGUCUAUCAGUCUGGCUGAUACCUUCCUCGGAGCGACAGUGGACAGUGAUUUAGACGGAAUAAACGCUAGACCAGAACUCUUCUCUGACAACUCAAAAACCAUACCAGACAUCAACUUCUUCUACAGGUCUACUCAGGCGACUGGAUCCUGCCAGCGUGGUCGGAGUGCGGUCAUGACCAUACGCUGCAACCCAGAGAAGACGGACCGCGGGAAACUCACAGUGCCCAGUGCGUGCCCUGCAGGUACGUGUGACGGCUGUACGUUUCACUUCCUGUGGGAGAGUGGGAGCGCCUGUCCCCGCUGCACCCAGGAUGACUAUCACCAGAUAGAGGGAGCCUGUAAGGGAGGGGUCCAGGAGACUCUGUCUGUGUGGAAUGAGCCAAAACUGUGCAUCAAAGGCAUUUCCCUGACAGCUAAGAGCUCCGCCCCCUGCGAGGCCAUUGCUCUAUGGCUAAAGGUGGGGGUAGGGGGCGGGGCCUUCUUAGCUGUGCUGCUCGUAUCUCUCACCUGCUAUUUCUGGAAAAAGAACAAGAGGCUGGAGUAUAAGUAUUCUCGGCUGGUGAUGUCAGCCAAUAAGGAGUGUGAGCUGCCGGUGGCAGAUAGCUGUGCCCUGGCCGAGGGGGAGGAGCCUGAGGAUGACGUGGUCUACUCCCACAAACCCUCACUGCUCGGCAAGCUCAGGGCCAUCGCCAACAAGCAGAGGGAGGGAGACAGCAGUGAGUCGGUACAGCUGAAGUCAUCCCAGUCUGAGAGAUGGGUCUGGGGGUAACGACGAGGGAAGGAAGGAAGGAAGGAAAGAAGAAGCAAGAAUUGGUAGGGUUGGCACUGAGUUCCACUCCUCUUCAUGUCUCCUGGACUCUGCUUAUUCCUGAGGACUCCAUCAUGGCUCCAGCUGCUGCAGUUUCCUUUGCAAAGGUACCUGUUCCCAUGAUUCUGACUGAAACUGGAAAGUGGUUUGGCUCCCCACCCUAGACCCUACCACACAUGGGAACACAACCAUGCUUAUUGCCAUGGAUAUUGAAGGGCUGCAAAUGAAAGAAACUCUCACUGUUUUUGUAUAUUUUGUAUUGUCAUUUGGAGUUUAUCUGUACAGUCAUGUCCAAAUUAUUUAUAAUUAUUAGUGGUGUUAUGAUUUAUCUUUAUUAAAUUCUCACUUGCCUUUGGGGC